AUGCUUGAGAAUCACGACAUUCAAGUUCAACCUCGAGCUGUGACUGAACCACAUGUUGACAUCGACUUAACUGUUACACCACCGCCACGAUACCCUGAAGCGGCCGUUCAAGAUAGCUUGGAAGCUGACAAGGCUAAACCAAGCCUCGUGAAGCUAUGGUUCCACGUCUAUACUCCAAUCCCAAAGACCAAGGCUGAAAAACAAGCCGGAACCACCCAGAAGUACAUCAAUCUCACGAGUGAGCCAGCUUUCGACUCCGUCAUUCAAAUCCACGGAGCUUCACUUGUCAAUUUCAAAGAGGCCGUCUUCGAUGCUUGUGCUGAAGUCAAAGCGGUAUGCGGAUCACUUCUCAGAGAGGCUGAUCUAGCUGGUAAGUUGGCAUUCAAAGGCUAUGUGGCUGGCCGUGGACCGUUUCUCAAGUCGGCCUUGAAAUUUAUUGCAUUGGAGGUGGUCCUUGACCAGUUCAAGGAAACCAUGAAGGACAACAAGGGUAAAGAAGUUGGUUUUAAGCUGUUCAUUGAUAAUCCAAAGACUGCCAAUUGUCUCAAAUCAAAGGAGGACACUUUUGAUCGAGCCACACUUGACAGUCAUCCAAACUCAUUAGCUCCUCAUCGAAUUGACGAAUUAGAAAUGCACGUAAGUAUUGAGUUCAUCUUGGCCUCAUCAUAA